AUGAAUCUUUUGGAAAUGCAACAACAACAACAACAACAACAACAGUUAGUUGAUCAACGCCGUGGUCGCUACGUGCGGGUCAGCGACACCGAUCGGCGACAAUUGAUUGAAGCAUACAAAAAGGGCGAAGAUUUCAUAGCACUGGCCAAGAAGCUCAAUAUCAAACGAUCAACAGCUCGAAGUAUUCUCCGAACAUUUAUCGAUGAAGGACGUGUUUCAGCUAAGCAACGGGCUGGAACACGUCUUCGUUUUAUUACGGAAGAAGAAGCCGAAAUGAUCCGAGAAAUGAAACGUCGACAUCCGCUCAUCACUAUUGGUCAAAUACAAAUGCGUCUACAACGUACGUCGACUCGCGUCCUAAGCAAAGCAUCCAUAUCACGCAUAUUAACAAAUAGUAUACGACUGGGCAAACGUGCUAAACGUGCAGGCGAGGGAGACGAUGGACAUGACGAUCUGAAUGAUACAAUGAUCACCGACCAUAAUGAAUUCGCGCAACUUUCGUCGGAUGAAGGCACGGGUGAAGGAAUUUAUAUUGACGAAGAUUUAGAUGAUGAUGAGGAAGAGGAGGAGGAAGAAGAUGAGGAUAAUAAUCUGGAUGUUAGAAUGAUAGAUAACAAUGCGUCAUCACAAAAUUUGGAUGACUUUCAACGGUUCAUGCUGUGUAAAACAAGCGUUAAUGAAGAUGAAUCCAAUGAUCAGGAAGGAGUUUCGUGGAAUGGCAAAGGACAUUAUGGUGAGAAUGUUUAUCCGACCUAUGAAAGUGAAAAUGAAGAUGAAUUAUCCGAAGUCGAUGACAAUGCAACCAAACUAAACAUUGAUCAAUCGCCCACUGUUCCCUCCUCCCAAUCUAUCAGUAAUGAAAACCUAGCAAAUGUCAACGACACCGAUAAAUGGGCUUCAAUCAAAUUUGAACCUGUCUGUGUCUUUGUUAAUCACGAACUCGACUCAUCGGACAGCGAGCAACAAAGAACAAUCGAUGAUGAACCAACAAAAACUAUUCUCAAUGCUCAAUCGACAGCAAAUCGUCGCGUGAAAGUCUGUCCAAUCUGUGGCGAACAAAAUUUUUCUCGACUCUCACAUCAUCUUACCGUUACACAUAAUCUAAAUCGUGAAGAAAGUUUAACCUUACUCGCUUACGCUGAUCGAACAAAUAACAAUAACAAUACCAACAACAGCAAUCUAUCUUCGAUCCCUACUGUCAGCAGUAGUUCACCAAAAGAUCUCGAUAAAAGUCCUCAACAAACUCCGAUUAGCAUCAAUACAAACAACCAACAAAUUCCCUCGAGUGGAUUCUCGCCUAUUGCUACUGAUUUAGAUAAUAACAACCAUCCGCAAUCGAUACUAACAACCAGUUCGUCACCGAGUGAACAACAAGGUUUAAAUAGUUUACCGAUCGAUGAUCAUUUAAUAAAGAAACAUCAUCUUGUUUCUAAACAAGAACGUUUGCCAUUCUUACGCUUAGCACGUAAUCGUUCAUCGACGAGCAAUUCAGAAAAACCAUCGUCGAACCAUUGCUUUCUUAUUAAUUCAAACGAACAAUUAACCACACCGCUAUCGACUAACAAAAAAUAUCAAAAUAUUAUUAAAAAAUACCGCAAAAAGAUUUUUAAUUCGAUUCCUGUUUCAUCAUCCUCAAUACCAAAUCGUGAAACAUCGUCAACUAAUUCCAAUUUGCACCUACCAAAACAAAUUCCACCCUCAAGAAAUAUGAAUAUCAGCAAAGAUAUUGCCACACAUCAAAAAUUCGAACAACGCUUAUCAGUCUUCCGUCAACAGUUUGCUGUGACUGUCGCCAUGCAAAAUUCAUUGAUGCAACAAAUGGAAUUGUUACAACGAAGUUUCGUAUCCAUCGAGGAAGAAUGGAACGACAUGAAGAAAGAAAUCGUCGAGUCGAUUUCCUAA